AGUUUGAGUUUCCCGCAAGCUUUUGAUUCGACUCGUACGAAAUCAUUCGUUUAACGGGAUGAAUAUGGACAUUUUCUCCCUUUAACAGCUGAGAGGAGGUUUAACAGCUCAGUGAAUCUGGAGGGGCUUAGAUGGGAUGGACAGCAUAGGUAGCUCCCUACCUUCAAUGCCUGAACCAGCCAAUCCGAUCAGCAUGAAGCAGCCGCCGGAGUGCCUUAGUGUACGGAAAGGUGGAGGGGACAUGAGCAGUGACCCCACUCUACUGUUGGACAAAGCUGCUGCACAGCUUGCUGCAACAGUACAAGACGGUGUCCUUCAGAAGAUGGCUGGCCAUAGUCAUAACAACCACAACCAUGAGAGGCUCAAAGACCUCACCUCCAGGGUGCUCAAUGGAGACCAAGACACGCUGCCUACCCUGUGUGCUCCAGAGACACCAAUGCUCAAAGGUGCCGAGGCCCCUGCUACAAAUGGAACACAUCAGCACAACUGCACCCCUCACACUGAAGUUGAAUUAGAGGUGACGAUACCCCAGGUGGUCAAGCAGCCCUUGUUUGAGCCAAGCAAUGCCAAUGGGACCAGUUUUGCAUCAACCACAGAGGGAACUAUAUCUGGACCAGAGGAGAGUCAAGAAGUUAAGAAAAGAAGGGGAAGACCACAAAAACCAAAACCUCAGCCUAACAAUUGUCCCUCUGACAUCCUUGUGAACCCGCUUGACCACACAAAUGCUGAAGAUGGAGCCAUAGAAGCUGAAAAGCAUGAUCUCAUACCAGGCUUGGCAGGGGAGGUUACUGUAGAGCCACCUCUGCAUGUUCGUUUUUCCACUGGUGAUUUGGUUUGGACAAAGGUGUCGGGAUAUCCCUGGUGGCCCUGCAUGAUAACCACAGACCCUGAAGUCAACAAUCACUUCAAACAGAAACAGAAAGUGACCAACAGCAGAUUGGGCCUCCUCUACCAUGUACAGUAUUUUGGAGAUGCCCCAGAGAGAGGCUACAUCUUUGAGAAGAACCUGGUGUCCUUCUCUGGAGAGGAACAAUAUCAGGAGCUCAGCCAAGGCAGAAAACAACCAGCCUCCCGUGUAGUCCACAAAAAGACGGUGCCCUCUGUGCCCCGUAAACUCAAGGCUCAGUGGAACAUGGGUGUCAUUCAGGCCAAAGAGGCCCUUAGCAUGUCACUGGAAGAGCGCUUGGCAAAUUUUGCAUUUCUCUACAAUGAAGACGGGCCUCAUCUGAACCCCCAUAUCCUGGAGAAGUUAAAGACUGCUCUGACUGAAAAGAUGGACCAGGAAGCUGAGUCCAGGCUUAGCCCAGAUCUCCCCUCCCUGCUUACAGGCCCUUCUGACGAUCCCGCAGCUGCAACUCAGUCCCAAGAUAGCACUUCAACAACAGGGAAAAAGACACAAGCACCCAGAAGAAAACUCAAAACAGGAGUAUGGAAGAGAAGGGGCCAGGGCCAUCUAAAUGGUGUCAUCUCAGCAAGGAAAUUGAACAAAAUUUUUCCACAAAUGAUGCUUCAUCAGCAGACAGCCUCACAGGAUUCCACCUCUUCUACGCCAGAUAUUCAGUCUGAACCAGUGAUACCUCUGAAGAAGAAGAGAAGACCCAGGCAGCCCAAGUCCCCUACAAAGACUGUGAGAGGAAGGAAGAAAUCCAUAACGGACAGCACAUGUGAUCUCGUGAAGAAAAGGAAACCAAAGCUGGUUUCUUCGACAGACAAUAUUUCAGAUCCAGUCUCACUUCUUGUUUCAGUUCCAGGUGACAAAGUAAAGAAAAGGCGAAGGAGAAAGACCCCAGAUGAGCAGACGACUGGAUCCUUAGUGAAAAGGGAGCGCAAGAAAGGCAUUAAAAGGCCACUAAUAGACAAUACAGGAGACCAGGGUCAGCAGCCUAAAAGGAGACGUAAAACAAUCAAAGAUGCUGAAAAACAGGCCUCAGCUUUAGAUGGAGCAGUGAAAAGACGAAGAAGAAGGAAGAAAACUGAUGCAGACGCACAAGAAACCAAGAAGCAAGGGAGGAAGUCCAAAGCUCUCCUCACUGGUGACCAAGAUGCUGAGAAACCAAAGCGGAGGAGGAAAAGGAAGCAGGAUGGAGAGAACCAGGUCCUGCCCACUAAAGCAAAGAAGAGACGGUCUUCCCUGUAUCAUGACCCUGAGGGUUCUGGGAGUGAACGGCCUGAUUCUCCAAGUGACAGCUUAGACGGCACAAAAAAGGGGGAACGAAAGAAGGAAUUUGUUUGCCAGACUUGUGAGCAGGCUGGUGAGGACUUGGUGCCCUGUGAAGGCCAGUGUAACGGGAUGUUUCACCUCCACUGUCUUGGUGUUUCUUUCUUACCUGAAGACAAGCUGCAGUGUCACGAGUGCAGCACAGGGGUUCAUUCAUGUUUCAGUUGUAAACAAUCAGACGGCACAGUACGUCGCUGCCACGUCCCUCUUUGCGGCAAGUUCUACCAUGAGGCGUGCAUCCGCCUCAACCCCCUCACUGUGUUUGACAACAAGGGCUUCCGCUGUCCGCUUCACGUCUGCCUGAGCUGUCACUAUGGCUGCCGCACCAAGCACAAGUCCACCAAAGGGAGGUUGAUGCGUUGCCUUCGCUGUCCUGUUGCAUAUCACGUUGGUGAUCUGUGUGUGGCUGCAGGCAGUGAGAUGAUCUCAAACUCUGCCUUUAUCUGCACCAACCAUUUCAACGCCAAGAAGGGCUACAGCCACCACAGUCACGUCAACGUCAGCUGGUGCUUCGUCUGCUCCAAAGGGGGCCAGCUGCUGUGCUGUGAGUCUUGUCCUGCAGCUUUUCACCCAGACUGUCUAAACAUUGCAAUGCCUGAUGGGAGCUGGUUCUGCAACGACUGUCGGGCAGGAAAGAAGCCCAGAUACAGAGACAUCAUCUGGGUCAAACUGGGAACUUACAGAUGGUGGCCUGCAGAGAUCCACCACCCUAGAAACAUCCCAACUAACAUCCAGCACCUUCGACACGAGAUUGGGGAGUUUCCAGUUUUCUUCUUCGGCUCCAAGGAUUACUUCUGGACCCAUCAGGGCCGAGUGUUUCCAUACAUGGAGGGAGACCGAGGCAGCAAGCACCAGCGGACUGGGAUCGGCAAAGUCUUCAAGAAUGCUUUGCUGGAGGCUGAAGCUCGAUUCAAGGAGAUAAAAAUGAAACGAGAGGCCAAGGAAGCACAAGAGAACAGCAGAAAACCACCCCCGUACAAAUUUAUCAAGGUCAAUAAACCAGUCGGUAGAGUUCAAGUUUACACCGCUGACAUCUCUGAGAUCCCCAAAUGUAACUGUAAACCGUCAGUCGAGAGGCCAUGUGGGUUCGAGUCCGAGUGUCUGAACCGCAUGCUGCAGUACGAGUGUCACCCUGAGGUGUGUCCCAGCGGGGAGCGCUGCUGUAACCAGGACUUCACUAAACGUCUCUACCCAGAGACCAAGAUCAUCAAGACGCCUGGCAAAGGCUGGGGUCUGGUGGCUCUCAGGGACAUCAAGAAGGGCGAGUUUGUCAACGAGUACAUCGGUGAGCUGAUAGAUGAGGAGGAGUGCAGGGCGAGGAUCAAAUACGCCCAUGAAAACAACAUCACUGAUUUCUACAUGCUCACCAUCGACAAGGAUCGAAUCAUUGAUGCCGGUCCAAAGGGGAACUACUCUCGCUUCAUGAACCACAGCUGUCAGCCGAACUGUGAGACGCAGAAGUGGACUGUGAACGGGGACACUCGGGUUGGACUAUUUGCCGUCUGUGACAUCCCAGCAGGUACUGAGCUGACCUUUAACUACAACCUUGACUGCCUCGGGAAUGAGAAGACGGUCUGUCGCUGUGGAGCUCCAAACUGCAGCGGUUUCCUUGGUGAUCGGCCAAAGAACUCAAACGGCCAAACAGCUGAGCCAAAAGGGAAGAGGCUGAAGAGAAAGUAUAAAAAGAGGAAAUCUGAGGGGAAAAAGUCUGAUGAUGAGUGCUUCCGCUGCGGGGACGGAGGACAGCUAGUGCUCUGCUGCAAGAAGGCCUGCACCAAAGCAUAUCACCUGUCCUGCCUGAAUCUCACCAAGAGACCCUUUGGCCGCUGGGACUGCCCUUGGCAUCACUGUGAUGUCUGUGGGAAAAACUCCGAGGCCUUCUGUCAGCUCUGCCCCAACUCCUUCUGCAAGGCUCACCAGGAGGGGGCGCUGCGUCCCUGGCCUCCAACUGGCCAGCUCUGCUGUCAGGAGCACGAUGAGCUGGAAGCAUGUGUCAACUCUGAAAUGAACCCAACCACCGCCAUCACUACCACCACCAUCCGUGGCCGUGCUCCCAGGGGCCCCAGGAAGGGACGAGGAGCCGGGGCCAAAAUAAAGGGUUCCAGGAGGAAAGCAGCAGAGGCAUAAAACAACUCCGCAGAUUCCCCAAACACCAAACUAGACUUUAACACCUGCUUCUCUAUCAUAAAAGAACAUAAACCCCUCAUUAUAAUGCCUUUAAGACCACAAAGAUCGAGGCACUGUACAUGUUUGUUUUCAGGGAAAGCUGCUGAUCUCUCUCACACUUGACAGCAGUCUCCAGAUGUCACUCAGACUCUAUAUUUUUAUUUGUGAACAUUUUCAGGUUAAUUUUCACGUCUCUGCACUGAGGCAGACCACCUGUGGUAAAGCACACGCAGCAGAGAGUGCAGGUCAGCUAGUGAAUUCAAACCUUUUUUUAUUUUAAACUGCUUGUUUAAUUCUUUUAUUUUAUUUGUUUUAUUUUAUAUGUAGAAUAACAAAAGAAACUGGUUGGUUUCUGCAGAAAAAUAACCUACAAACAGCUGUAACUAAAAGUGAGCGGCAGCAUCACGGCAUGCUAACUUGAAUCGCCCCCGUCACUCAACAUGGAUGAUCUUGAACAGCAGAGUUUUAUAGCUAUAAAUAUAUAUGUGUAUAUCAAAGACCAAAAUUAUGAAUACUGGAAUAGUUUAAGUCAUCAAACAGGUUGCCAAAUGGAUUGUUUUUAUUUUUAUAUAUAGUGUAAAUAAUCCAGAUGUAAUAUGGAACACCAAGACACUAUGGGUAGGCCUCAGACGACCUCUUCGAUUCUUCUUCGUAGCCAUAGGUUACAUCUAACUCUAGACUUUUGUUUGCUUUUUUACAACCUGAUGUUUUGCUUUAGCUCAGUUUAACUCUUUAGAUUUUAAUAAUUCUCUUUUUGUAUCAAUAUGCCGAACAAUAGCACCACAAACUGUCUAUUAAGCUGCCUGUUCAGAGAACCAGAGAUAAAGUAGAAGAGCGCUCUCUAACAUCUGAAAACACCACUGUGAGAUUUUCACUGCUCUCUGCUUGGGGAAAAUAGCAAAACAGGAAAAUGAAGGAACUCGGAUGUUUAUUUUUAGUUUUAGGAAGCUGGGUCCUAACCUUAAGGUGCUGUUAUUUUUUUUUUAUUGAAAUCUCUGAAAUCAGGGGUGCAAAGAUUUUUAAAUAUACUCUUGAAUGCUGCUCCAGUUUCAGUGGAUGCUUCUUAUCUACGCCAGGUUCUUCUAAGCUCUGCUGUUGAAAUCUUCUGGAGGUUUUUAGUCUUUAAAGUGCAUCCUUUCAACACAGGCUGACAGCACACCGGCUAACACCUCGUCACUCCAGGUUUUGUACUUGAUGCUAAAUACAGAGUACGGUGGCUGUUUAAGGACAUGUCAGGCUCACCUCUCUGCUGUCAGAAGGAGUGCUUGUUUUCCUCAGGGGGUUAAACAGCAGCCUUCUGCUCCUCUCAAGCCUCAGCAGCCCUUCUCAUGUCAGUGUUAAGAGUACAGACAAUACAACUUAGAGAUUUUGACUCACUUCACUCAUCAAAACAAGCUCUAUUCUCAUCUUGAUGCACAAUCACAAUAUUUUUUAAAUUUUUAAAGGGGCCCAAGAAAUCCUUUAUUCCCCCAACUCCAAUUGAAAUUAGAAGUAUACUAAUUUGUGCAUAAAUUUGCAUCAGAUUUAGCUAGUAGGUUAUUAGCCUUCAUACAGGAGCUGUAAGUAACGCCAAACUGAGUCACAUCAGAGCAUGUUUUAUGGUACGGCCCAACUGAAGGCAUCCAAGUCAUGAAGAGACCGACCAUAACGCUCCGCCUGCCCAUGUUGCUUGUUUGCUUUUUAUUUUCCGAUGCAGGAUUUUUUUUUUUUUUUUUAAUGCACUUGAUGUGUAUUCAUUAGGGCUGUCGGCAAUAAUGCAACAAUCAGGAAUAUUUGAGGUCCAUGAUUAUUGCUGUAAAUUGCUUUAUUGUCCCUUUAAGUUCCCUUUUCGACACUGCAGCAUCUCCCUGCAGCCUCAGUGAUGCUCCUCAUUGUCUCAUUACUGUUAAAAACAUCACAGAUGGCGCAGUUGACAAGUCAAAAGUCAACAUUUAUCUUUUUACUGUCACUUAUUUCCUUUUUCAAUCCAUUAUAAGUUUCUUUUUAAUAAUAAUAAUACAUUUUAUUUAUAAAGCGCUUUUCAUAAAACUCAAAGACACUGUACAAAGCAGGUACAUGGUGAAGUUCAUGUCGUAUUCUUUGAUCUAACACAAAGCUUCCUAUUUUCUUAAAAGACACUGGAAGUCAAUCACCUUUAGUUAAAGACAGUAUAAAAACCCAAAAUGAAACCAUAAGUUUUAAAUACAAAAUAGUGGAAUUUCACAAUGUGACAAAAUAGGAGAUUAACCAUGAUUUACUAGAGAAAUUCUGAGAUUCAUUUCUGUUUGAAUUUGUUUGAUAGCCCUAAUAUUUCUAAUGUGUAAACUGCUGUUCUGUGGGUGACUUCUAUAAAUGGUGGGAGAAAGGCUGCUUUAAAGUGGCCACACUUUCGCCUCCCCACUGCUGCAUGCUCCCAGAAUUCUUUGCGUCUAGCUUGUGUCUACUAAUGCGGUUUUUAAAACCACGUUUCUCCCUUAGUGUGUGAAAUUCACCCCUGAAACGACAACAGUGGUUUACGUGUUGGUGAAUAGACAUUCCGAGUGCUUUUUCACUGAAAAGACUGAGCAGUCGGUCGCUAUGAAUCUUUUGACGCCUUCAACUCAAAUGUCCUUCAACAGCCACCAUACUCUGAUUUUUAAAACUAAAAUCAAGCAAAGCCUGGAGGUAAAACAACAAUCACAGAAGCUGUUUCUCUUAGUCUUUACUUGAUCAUUCAAAAAGCAAUGGUGCUGUUUUUGCCUCUAAUAUUUUGCCUUUGGGAUCAGUGUAAUGCCAGUUUUUACGCAACAAUAAUGAGGUUCGUACUCAUAGCUGUAACAUUACUAAAAGUUGCUCAAUCCUUCUGUCUGAAUCUCCGAAGGCAGCUUGUUUCAGCAAUCUUAUCUCCUCACCACCAUCGGUGCUGCUUCCUCUUUAAAAACAUCUCCACAUAUCUGAUUAUUUUGUACAGAAACAACAAGAAAACCUUUUUAUCCCUGCACCUUUAAUUUUCCUUUAAUGGUUACAUUUUCCAUGGCGUGUGAAUGGGACACGUCCAGCGGUGCAGCGUGUCUCAUACGAGUAUUUUUCCUUCUUUGUGUGUAUCCUAACCUUGUGUUGAGUGAAUGUAGUUCAGUUAUUUUUAUAAGCACUGUAAUUCCCUGUAGAGCUGAAGUGUAUUGUGUGCGUAGGGGUUUCAUUCUGUAACUACUGUCAUAGUAAACCAGAGACUAAUAUGUACAUAAUGUAUAAGUGGUAAUAGUGAUGCAUCUAUUGUAAAUAUCAUACAAUUUUUCUGACAUUGUAUGUUUUUUUUUUUUUUUUUUAUGCAGUGCUCAAACACU